AUGUCUGACACAAGUGAUUUAGACCGUCAAAUUGAGCAAUUGAAAAGAUGUGAGAUAAUAAUGGAGGCAGAGGUUAAAGCCCUCUGUGCGAAAGCCCGCGAGAUCCUUGUUGAAGAGAGUAAUGUUCAACGAGUCGAUUCACCCGUUACGGUAUGCGGAGAUAUACAUGGCCAAUUUUAUGACCUAAAGGAGUUGUUCAAAGUUGGCGGAGAUGUACCUGAAACCAAUUACUUAUUUAUGGGAGACUUUGUGGAUAGAGGGUUUUAUUCUGUUGAAACUUUCUUAUUACUUCUAGCAUUAAAAGUUCGUUAUCCUGAUCGCAUCACAUUGAUAAGAGGCAACCACGAGUCAAGACAAAUCACACAAGUGUAUGGAUUUUAUGAUGAAUGCUUAAGAAAGUAUGGAUCAAUCACAGUAUGGAGAUAUUGCACAGAAAUAUUUGACUAUCUGUCACUAUCGGCUAUCAUAGAUGGGAGGAUAUUCUGCGUCCAUGGCGGCCUGAGUCCCUCCAUACAGACCCUGGACCAGAUACGAACCAUUGAUCGCAAGCAAGAGGUGCCCCAUGACGGGCCCAUGUGCGACUUGCUAUGGAGUGAUCCAGAAGACACCCAGGGCUGGGGCGUGUCCCCACGGGGCGCGGGCUACCUGUUCGGCUCGGACGUGGUGGCGCAGUUCAACGUGUCCAACGACAUAGACAUGAUCUGCCGCGCCCACCAGCUCGUCAUGGAGGGCUACAAGUGGCACUUCAACGAGACCGUGCUCACUGUGUGGUCUGCUCCCAACUAUUGCUAUAGAUGUGGUAAUGUAGCUGCCAUAUUGGAACUGAACGAGAGUCUUCAGCGUGAAUUCACAAUAUUUGAGGCGGCACCUCAGGAGUCCAGAGGGGUGCCUUCGAAGAAACCCCAAGCAGAUUACUUCUUA